CUGUCGGGCGCUGCACAAAAAAGUCUGCGGUGUGAAAUUGUUUCAAAAAUAAUUUAGUUUGUGAAAUACUUAAGCUUUGAGGUCAAAUUUGUUAAUUUUGACCUCACACGCCUCUACUUCUGAAUAAGGAGGUCGCCGCACCCUGCUCCCCCGCGGAAGGAGCUCCGCGGCAGGGCACCUUGCACUGUUGCAGCCCCUCACAUUGGGCCGACACAACGACACACAGAAGCAAGGAUGCGUGGACUAUACCCUGCACUGUUGCAGCCCCUCACAAUGUGUGCUAAUGUUUUUGCCUCUCAGCCCAUGACUAUACCAUGACUUGCCCGCACUCAAGCUCAAGAAAAUAUUUUCUAGAUUGGUUUCGUUAGCUAUGGAGAAAGAGGAGGCAAUGGAACAAUAUAUAGUAGGUUAAGUUCGCAGGUAAUCUCAAGAUAAGGUAGAUUGAAGGGGAUUACGAAACAAACCAAACAAAACAAAGGAGAAAUCUGAACUGAAUCGGGCAACAAUCACGCGUGACCUGUUAAAGUUUUCCAUAUCCAAAACAUUAUGUUUUCGAGAAGAGAAAGGGGGUAACUUGGAAGAUCCUUUUGAUCGAAUAUAGAACAUAACAUUCCUUUUAACAUCAUUCUAUAAAUACAUAAGAUAUGUUUUCUGAUUACUAAGGUAAGUUAUACAGCUCCUACUCUUCACUUUCAAGCACGUUGGAAAUUAUUUUCAGAGUUCAUGUCUUGCAAAAGCCAUAAGACAAUAUAUGCAUUUUUCUUCUUGCAUUGACAGUAGCCAAUGAACUAUUUAAUUUGGAGUGCGGGCAUAUUGCAAGAUCAAAUACUUUUUCUAGAAUAUCAAGUCGUUCGUUUACCACAGUAGUUCAGGUUCUCCAAUUACCAUAGUAUAGGUACUUAAUUAGCUUGACAUAUCUGACAUGGUAUUCAUAUGCAAGUGUGGAUCCUAAACUUCCGAUUCAUGCAUUUCUGUAGGCGACAAGAAGAGCAGUUUACUAAAGAUUUUACUCCCGGUUAUAGCAUUCAUGUUGCUACUUACAUGCAUAGCCCUCAUUUGGACAUACAAAUACAGAGGAAAAUGGCGAGAGCAGGAAAACCAGAAGAAACUAAUGCAAAGAUACUUUAGCACAUCCGAUGAACUCAAAGGCGAAAAUACAGAAUUUCCAUUUGUUAGCUAUAAAGACAUCCUUUCAGCAACAAUGCUUUUCGCCGAUUCCAACUUGCUUGGACAGGGAGGUUUUGGAAAAGUUUACAAGGGCAUCCUAGAAGGUGGAUAUGAGGUUGCGGUCAAAAGACUUAGUAAGGGUUCUGGACAAGGUAUAGUUGAGUUCAAAAAUGAAAUAGUUCUAAUUGCCAAGUUGCAGCACAAGAACCUAGUCAGACUUCUUGGGUGUUGCAUUCAGGAACAUGAGAAAUUAUUGAUCUAUGAGUACUUACCUAACAAAAGUUUGGAUGCCUUUAUUUUUGAUGAUGCACGAAAACACAUGUUCCAUUGGUCGACCCGGUUCAAAAUAAUUAAAGGAAUAGCAAGAGGCCUUCUUUAUCUCCAUCAAGAUUCAAGAUUAACAAUAAUUCACAGAGAUCUCAAAGCUAGUAACAUAUUGCUGGAUGCGGAAAUGACUCCCAAAAUUUCAGAUUUUGGUAUGGCAAGAAUCUUUGGUGCAAACCAGAAUCAUGCAAACACUACAAGGGUCGUUGGAACAUAUGGUUACAUGUCGCCUGAAUAUGCGAUGGGAGGUGCCUUUUCUGUUAAAACGGACACAUAUAGCUUUGGUGUUCUUUUGUUGGAGAUUGUUAGUGGAUUGAAGAUCAGCUCACCUCAGCUCAAAACAAACUUUUGUAGCCUUAUAACUUAUGCAUGGAGAAUAUGGGAAGAUGGAGAAGCAACUGAAUUAGUGGACUCUUCAAUUGUUGUGGAUUGUCCUCUUCAUGAAGUUGUACGGUGUAUUCAUGUGGGGCUCUUGUGUGUUCAAGAUCAUCCCAACAAUAGGCCACUGAUUUCAUCUGUUAUGUGUAUGUUAGAGAAUGAAAACACAUCACUUCCAACUCCAAAGAAACCUGUAUAUUUUCCUCUAAGUAAUUGUGAAGGUGGAGAAGCAAGGGAGAACAUAGAAAAUACCAUAAACGCAAUGAGCAUCACAACACUAGAGGGUCGUUAGAUGUUGUAUAACUUAGUAUGUGCGAAUUUUACCAUAGCUAGUGGUGUACUCUCGGUGUGAACUGGACUUUGCAUACGUGGUUGCAAUACUUGUGAGUGUGUUUUAUGAGAAAAGCUAGUUGUAUA